CAGAACCUCAAGGAAUGUGUCAUGUCAGUCUUAUAGACUGAUAAUCAUUUAACAAAUUGUUAUAUUCUAGGAGAUGACAAGGCUGGGUUAAAAUGUGGAGAUGUUACUUAAGUAUAAAUUUAUAACCGGUAACUCUGAAGAGGCAAGGACAAUAUUGAGGGAAUGACUUAAUUGAGACAGCCAACACGUUUGAUGGUGAUAAAGGAGUCUUCAUAUUUUCUACCUCGGCUUGGCAAAAAUUUACUUCAAGUUAUAGAAUUCGCGCAAAUUUGGUCACUAUAAACUAAGAUUUACGAUGUUUUAUAUCAUUCCGAAUCAUUUAGAGUAUUUCGGGGGAAUAUAUCAGCGAAGAAAUAUCAAUCAAUCGGAGGAAUAACUUCCACUGAUACUCAGUACAUCAUCCGAAUCUUGCGGUCUAGAGGGUGUUCUCAGGCUUGGCUAGGGGUUAACACAAUGGCGAUAUUGGGACGUGUAUGGAGAAAACACGUGAAGACGCUGUUCUUUAUGUACGUCAUAGCGGUCCUUUGCCUGUUCAAAGUGUUUCUGGACGUCUCUCUUAUUGGCGAUCUUUCACAGUGGGAAGAUGUUGAGGCCGCUAGGGGUCACUCGCAUCGGAACACCUCGAAGCAGACGACAGACAAGGUUCUCAUCAUAACGUACCAGCGCAGUGGCUCCUCCUUCCUGGCCGAGCUCUUCAACCAGAACCCCGAGGCGUAUUACCUCUUUGAGCCUCUCUGGGGGUUCUAUAACUCUGUUGAUAAAGACAGGGCGGAGUAUAUGUUGUACUAUCCGGAUAAAUCUACAAGGAAACCUCCAGAACGAGGCCUGGAAUACAACAUGUCCCUGGACAUCAUCCACAGCCUGCUCACAUGCCAGCUGGACCGAGUCCCCAUGCAGAUCCUGGCGCCAAAGGGGCUCCACCAUCCCUUCUUCACGGACGAGAACAGACACAAGUACCAGGACAAGUACAAGAAGUGCAUUCUUAGAGCUAGAACAAGGUCAAAAGAUGUGGAAUGCGUCCCCCUCAUGAAAGACGUGUGCAACAAAUCAACUUUAAAGGCAUUCAAAAUGUUGCGCCUUCGCAUGAAGCACCUUCCUCAGCUGAUGGAACUACAUCCGGGUCUUAAGAUCAUCCACUUGGUUCGAGAUCCUCGCGGGAUCUUGUGGUCUCGCAGACGACUCGGUAGACAGUAUUUCAGAAUGUCGACGGAAAACGAGGGAAGCAUCUUAUGCCUCUCAAUGCUGCAGGACAUACAGGCGCGAAAAGAACUGGAGAAAAUUUACCCUGGACGAUUUUUACAAAUUAGAUACGAGGAUAACGCGGCUAAGCCCACUGUGGCUGCAUUUAAAGUUUAUGACUUCUUAGGAUUUAACGUUCCACGCCCAGUCAACGGUUGGCUUCUAGACAGCAUAACUCCCGUUGAAAUGUCUAGUAACGAUAGAGAGGCUAGGAGAAGGAUAAGAAAAAUGCGCUCUUCUUUCAGCACGGUGCGCAAUGACCCUAAAAAGACGUCACACAUGUGGCUAAGGCAAAUGCCCUCUCACAUGGCCUACGAGGUAGAUGAAUAUUGUAAAGAAGUUCUGGAAUAUCUUGGGUAUGAAAAAGUGUCAAAAUUGCUCCAAAAUGAGACAUUAAUGCGUUCUUUAGGGCCUGAAAAGCCAAAAAGUAUUGCACAUAAUUUUGGUCAACCUAACAUGCGGAUACCUAACGACGGAGUUGUAGUAAAAAGAAGGAUUCUUCCGGAUCCUAACCCUGAUCCGGACGAGGAUGAGGACGAAGAGAGUGUGACAAAAGCAAAACGCAAAACUAAAGUGUGGAAAAUAGUUAAAAAUGCAGCUGGCAAAAAUGUAGUGGCGAAUCACGGUAGAAUAACUAGCUCUCAAUCCAAAAAGUCUCCCAACGUUCGGACGAAGGCAUAGUUUUAUUUGUAUAUUUAUUUUCAAACCCCAUUGGGGAACUGCCCUGAAGAAAGCUGAAAACUUUUGUUAUAUUUUAUUUCUCUAAUAUCCGUAUCGGGAAAUGGAUCUCUGCUUGAAAAUGAAAGUAGGCCUAAGAUAUCAGUAUCAGUUGCUUACGAAUGUGAUUAAUAGUACACAUACGUAAUAAAACAAUGUCCAUCGUAAAUGGAUGUACUGUAUUUAAUUCAAACACAUUACCCUCACAA